AUGUUCUCAGUUUUACCUCAAGAAUAUUCCAGAACCCGUUUCAAAGUUGGCGCCCGUUUCCGAAAACGUGAAGCGAUCGAGUCGACUGAAACCGUCUGCUUCUUGGCACUCUCUCAAUUCGUUCUUAUGUUUUUUUAUUGUGGUGCAGUUAUUAUUCUGAUAAGUCUCAAAACCACAACAACAAUUGUGUUCAGCUCAUGGGUUAUUUGGGUUUAUUCCGUCCCAUUUAUCGCCAUGGCAUUCCCACUGCUCCUCAUCUACCGUAUCCGACUGAAUCGAGCGAAUCGAGUGAUGAUAAUCAAGAGUUUUGCAGAAUCCAAGCAUACACAAGAUGAGCAUAUGAAACAGAUGAAGCAGACGUGGGGAGAAUAA